CCAAGCGGACUAGCCGGACACAAGACACAAUGAUAAGCUGAGAGUCUCGACUCUCGAGUCUCGACCUUAUCUUCUUAGGCCGUGGUUUAUCGUCAAGACGUCAAUCCCUCAAUCCUCUUGUUGUUGUUAGUCUUGGUCGUCUUGGAUUCCCAGUCUGGCAGUCUCAACGUUAGCUUCACCGAUAAUUGUUUGACGAAAUAUGAUAUGCAAGAUGCCGGUGGCUGAAGAAACGUUGUCGAUAUCUGAUGUAAUUGUACAACUCCAAGACUAUAGCCCAACUAUACCCGAUUCUAUAACUUCGUCUAUAUGUUCAGAAGCUGGAUUUGAGACAGAUGACCCUCGAAUAGUUCGAUUGAUAUCAAUUGCUUCUCAGAAAUUCAUUGCCGAUAUAGCCAACGAUGCAUUGCAACAUUGUAAAGUGCGUUUGGCUACCUUGCCAACUAAAUCUGGAAAAGUUCCUAAAGACCGUAAAUUCACAUUAACUAUGGAAGAUUUAGCACCAGCACUCAAUGAUUAUGGAAUUAUUGUUCGAAAGCCUCCAUAUUUUGUUUAAUUUUUCUGUUUAUUUGUACUUAAUUAUGAUAUUCUAUUAAUUACUAUUUUAAAUUAUUAAUUAAAAAUUUGUAUUCCAAUCUCUAUGCUGUAAUUAAAAGUCUCUCCUUUAUUCUACACAUGUUUUAUUAUGUACUAAUAAUUUUAAAUAAAAUUAACUUCUAGAUAUUU